ACUUGUUCUCUUCUGUUUCUGGCCGUUCAGGAUCUUCUUUGGGGACGACCAACGACCAACGGGUUUUUGACAACAUUCUUCUUCCUCUACAGAGCACGGAGUACGGAUACAAGUUUCAGAAAGCAUCAUCAGCCUAGCCUGCCCCUCCAAAUCCGGCAAGGAGCUCUUAUCUUAUCGCGAACCCACUAAAACGGCGUCGAGCCAAGCAGACAGGGCCAAAAUAAAGGCGGCAGGCGUCCGUCCCUCUUCAUCAUGUCGGGGUACGCUCCAAAGUCUCCCGACCUUUCAGCCAUCAAUUUCGCUGCUGGUCGCGGCGGCCCCACACCAAACGAGCAAUACCAGCAUCACCAACCAAGGCAUCAGUACCCUCCACAGCAGGAGAACAUUCAUCCGCCACUGCAACCAUCCCACCUGACUCUAGAGACCUCGUCCAACACUGCGGCUGCUAAGCGCACGCCGUAUCUACCGCCUCUAACACCUCAAUCAUCACGACCAUCGUAUCCGUACGGAUCGUCACCGCAAUCCUACAUCCCACCCAGACGGUCGAGCUCUGCCUCGUCAGGCAACUUCGCAACACAGUUCAGUGAAGCAUCGCCGCGAACACCACAUCAUCCCUAUCAUCGACCCAGUCAACCACAGCUGCCACCAUACGGCCAUCCCUCGCCGGCAGGGUACCCGGUUUAUAACCAUCCGCAUCAACCACUUCCACUAGUUCCACAACCAUUGGAAGAUCCCAACAUGCCGACUAGAAGACAGGCUGCCAUGAUGGCUGCUGCGGCCUCGCGCGACGCCUUGAAGCAGGAGGCGUUUCCGAUUGCUCCAGAAAUGCCCUCAGAGCCAUCCAUGUCCGAAGGAGAGCGCGAUCACGAGGCUGACAGGGACUUCAAAGUAGAAGCCGACGAUGGCACGGCAGGUGGCCCGUCGGCCAUUCCGCCGGAUACUAGGACACUGGAACCUAUCGAGGCUGGCCCCGUUCGCACCAAGUUUCCUACAGCACGCAUCAAGCGCAUCAUGCAGGCAGACGAGGAGGUAGGCAAGGUGGCGCAACAAACCCCCAUUGCCGUUGGCAAAGCUCUUGAGCUGUUCAUGUCACAACUCGUCACCAAGAGCGCAGAGAUCGCCCGUGCCAAGGGCACUAAGCGAGUCACCGCGCCCAUGCUGAAGCAUGUCGUCGAGAACGAUCCUCAGUGGGACUUUCUUCAGGAGAUUGUUGGCAAAGUGCCCGAGCAGGAGAAGGAGGGCAAGGGGAGGCCAAAGGCCGAGACCGAAAGCGAAGGGGAAACCGGCGAGCCCAAGAAGAAAGGCAGAGGGAGAAAGAAGAAGGCUCCCGCUGAGUAGCGGAUGCGCCUGUAGCGCGCAAUGUGCCCUUUGAGCGUGUUUUUGAGGCGCGACGUCUGGCGAAUGGGGUUACUGCAUCAUGAGGCGUUGGGGCUCUUCCGGUGAUACAACAGCAGACUGGGCAGACCACCCAGUAAAUUAGACAUAUCCGGGAACGCGGUCGUGAGCUACUACGUGAUUAAUAUGACAUGAAGCGGCGUCGAGCUCGUGAUCACCGCCGCCCACACACGGACAAAGAUGUCUGAGAAUUAGUUUCUAACAGCAGAC